UAAACCAUGUCCUGAUUUGUUUUGAGUCUGUUGUCAGUGUUGACUUCAUGGACGCCAUGAAAGGCUACACCUACCUCAGCUACAGUGUGUAGUUACAGCCGUCAUCUUGUUCUAGUUGUGCAGCGUCUCUCUCGCUCUCCGGAAAUGCUGGUGGUAUGAUAAGCAUCUAGAGAUUAGCGUGAACGAAAGACUGGUAGCUAUGGUGCAUAAGUGCACCUUGUGGCAAAUGUCACCAUUGCAAGCAGCACGUCACUCAUAGAUCAACACCUUGCUUCCUGAAAGAAGAAAAGAUGUCUCGCAGGUCUGUCCGUGGACAGUCUUCUGCUCCCCUAGUGGAGAAAGCAAAAGUCCAAUACCCAAAGCACACGGUUUUCUCUGACAUGGAGUCACCUCUCAAUGCGGUCAGUACAUGCAAGGAUGGAGGCAAGGUUGUCGUAGCUGGACGUAAUGUUUUUAAAGUUAUGAGCAUCACUCCCAGUGGAUUUGAAGAAGUUCAUAACCUGCGCGUUGGACGAGUGAACCUGAAUUUCAGUCAUACCGAUGUACAGUGGCAUCCAAUUACUGAUGAGCUAUUGGCGACGGCUGCAACUAAUGGUGCUGUAGUCUUGUGGGAUCUGACUCGUCAGUCUAAGAACAAGCAGGCCCAUCUGUUUAAUGAUCAUAAGCGCACUGUCAACAAGGUCUGCUUUCAUACUGACGGAAACGGCUUGCUUAGUGGCUCUCAGGAUGGCACAAUCAAAUCCUUUGACAUCCGAACACCCCCAAAAGCGUUGCAGACGUUUGACUGCAAGACUGAGAGUGUUCGUGAUGUUCAGGUCAACCCGCAUUCGGCACAUCACUUUGCCGCAGCACUGGAGAAUGGUUGCGUGCAGAUCUGGGAUACAAGGAACCCAGCACAAUAUGAGUCCUACAUCACCGCACAUCAGGGCCCGGUAUUCACCUGUGAUUGGCAUCCACAGGAGCGACACUGGCUAGCUUCAGCAGGCCGAGACAAAGUGAUCAAGGUAUGGGACAUGAGAGAUCGUCACAGUCACCUUCCGCCGCAGGAGAUACACGCCCUGCACACCAUUGCAUCUGUCGCUCGCAUCAAGUGGCGUCCCGACAACCCGUAUGAACUGGCCAGCUGUGCUCUACUUCUGGAUUUCAACAUUCACGUAUGGGACAUCCGCCGGCCGUACAUUCCCUUUGCGUCCUUCCAGGAACACAAGGAUGUGGCUACGGGUAUUGUGUGGCAGAAAGAAGCCAGCUAUCUUGUGUCAGGAGCAAAGGACAACUUUCUCUACUUGCAUCAUCUGGACGAUGCGCAUCGCCCCACAGAAUCUGCUCCUCCUCUUGGACUGGCACUGGGCUGCCGUGGUCACGUUUCUCUGGCUGUCAGCGAUGAAAUCAAGCGUGCACAUUUCAGCCAAACACCCAUUCCUCCACCUCCGCCGCAGCGACCGUCCUACACACAGCCAGCCUUCUUCCGACACCUGACGCCGGCGCAAAUUGCAGCGCCUUCCGUUGCCUCCGAUCUCAUGAUGCACUUGCGACAGCUUCCGGCUACGCCUAAUGAUGUGAGUGACCUGGACUGGAUGGACGUGUUUCAAGUGCUGGCUAAAGGCUACAAGCUCGAUGGCUUACCGCUAACCCAGCUGUUUGAACACAACAUGGAGGUAGCGAGGAAGUACAGCCGUGUUCAGGAAGCGCAGGUCUGGCGCAUUCUCAGCCUGAUCUACGCACCCAUGGACAUGGCAAGCGGCUCUCACCACCCGGGCUCGUUCAGCAUCUGCUCGGAGAGUCAUGCUGCGGUGGUGCCCGCCAGCAGCGCACGAAGUACCAUUGCACCGACGCCAGAGGCAGGGGCCACCGGCGGCGCCAUUGGGCGCCAGACCGCCUCGCCAGUCGAGUAUGCCGGCAGUGCUAACGAGUCAGCCAUGUCGGACGGAGCUCACAACGGCAGAAACUCCACCAGCUCCCAUAGCGAUGCUGAAGAUAACGGGUCGGACACGGGUCACGAGUACGAUGUCGGUCCCGAUUUGGAAGAACUGAAUAACAUCGCCAGUGGAGGCUACCUUGACGAGGGUACAGAUGAUCUAACAUUUGGCUUUGCUGACCCAAUAGGGAGCGAUGAUGCACUGCGAAACUUGGAGCUGCCUAGCGAAGCGUUUCAGCCUCGUGACGACAUAGAGGACCCAGGGUCACCGUCGUAUUUGUCAGACAAUGAUGACAUGCUGAAGGAAUCCAGCGAGUUGUUGACUGUUGGUGCAUUGCAUGCUGCCCAGCGUGGAUCAUCGGUGACACCCAGUCUAUCUGCACUCAGUGAUCUCCAGGGUGUCCCACCAUGGGAUUUCAGCCCUGUCGUCUCGGACAUGCUUCACUUUUAUGCCUAUCAGGGCAAUGUCCAGCUGACGGUCAGUAUUCUGCUAGUGCUAGGCGAGAAGGGAAAGUCUUUGAUCGACACUACACAGCAGGAGCAGUGGUACCAGGCCUAUGUCGAUCUGCUAUCUCGUUACCAACUCUGGACUGUGUCGGCGCUAGUCAUCAGACUGUGCCCAUUGAAGGCAAUCAAUCAAUUGAACUUGGAGUCCACAGCUGUGGCUACCCAGUGUGGUAUCUGCACCAAGAUGGUCAUGAAGAAAGGAUCAUCGUACUGUGACAACUGUCACAAGGUCUCCAGCCUGUGUAUUGUGUGUCAUCAAGCCGUGAGGGGCGUGUAUGCCUGGUGCCAGGGCUGUGGCCAUGGUGGACAUCUUGAGCACAUGCGCGAAUGGUUUCAGGCGUCCAGUUGGUGUCCAACUGGCUGUGGCCACAAGUGUGAGUUCAUGUGAGGAUGCCGAGACGUCAUUAAGUCUUGUUUUGAACUGCUACGAGUAGCUGCAACGACUCAACCCAGGCAACAAGCUGGGUGCACCCGUCAGGAACUAUUAAUUCUCGCUGCACUUACUAUUUGCUGCAGAGUAACCAUGAGUGGUGCUCCAUACCGGUCAUCAUCCGCGCCAGGAACGGAUUUCAGUGCCAGCACAGCACACCGUGGUUCCAGAGUGUCAUUUUCCAGGCGACGGCGGCUGAUGUGACCGGUUUGACAAGUCGCCCUUUCACUGCACAACUCCUGACAGCAUGUCUGAGUGUGUCGGUAUUGUAUGCCUUCAUCCGUGUGCCAUUUACGCCAUUCCUAGCGUUGCGGUGCUUGCCCGACUUCACAGACGCUGCUAUUGCUAUUUUGCUAAUGAAUAGAGGAGAAAACAUCUUGGUGAAAGUAGCAGUGAAUACCACCAGCCUCUGGAAAGAUCUCCUCGUUGAUGUGCAGUGCAUGUGAAAACAGUGGCCAUGCAUGCACUUUCAGUUGUGCCUUCUUCUUUUUUAAGUACAGUGCUCAUAUUUUUUGGACCCUUUCCCGCUGUUUUGGACAGUUCACAACACAUAACCAUCCAUGACAUGUCACAAGUGCAGUCUACAAUGAAGCACAUGUGCUUAUAUAAACAAAGGGAACUAUUAAAAAACCCUUUCAGGGUUCGCUGCUCUAAACAGUGGAAGAUUUCAAUAUAUAUAUUUUUAAGACAAUGCAAACAGCUAGCGAACUCAGCAAUCUCAUCCUGUUUGCCAAGCUGGCAUGGUGUUAUCAUUAUGUUGCACGUUCUCAGUUCUGUACCGCAUUGUAUACGGCCCAGAAUGACGUGUAUACACGGACAGCUCACGAAACACAGUCAUGCUAUUAAUUUUGUGCUCUACGACUCGUAGGAUCAUGAAUUGUGUGUAUCACUCGACUCCUCCCCUGUCCAUUUUUUAUUGUAUCUUGUUUUCUGUUUUCUGUCUCACACCGUGUCCCAUCCCUUGUUUUAUUUGAUGUUCUAUACUGUUCUGUA